CUUUGCAAGCUUAAGAAGUAACAAAAAGUGACACUUCAUCUGUAUCAGAAUGCUUCUACUAGUGCUACUGUUUGGUGCCUCUUAUAUUACAGCAGGUUUUUCAGACUCCUUUUGCUUUGUUGGAGUAGACAAUGCCACUGACUGUGGACAAUGUAAUCCCAAUGCUACCUGUUAUAGGGGGCAUACAGCGAACUGUACAUGUAAUCCAGGCUAUUUUGGGAAUGGAUUGAUUUGCAAAACUGCGAUAGAAUGUGAAAAGAUUAACUGCUGUCCUCAAGGGUUUCAGUGGAACUCUACCACUCAGUGCUGUGACCAGAAAUUUUGUUCGCCUGUAUGCUCGAAUGAUGAACUAUGCAAUGAUGCCGUGAGGAAUACUACCGGGUGUGUGUGCAAUCCACUCACAUAUGCAAGUUAUGGGGAUGCAGACAUUGUCCCAGUACUUUCUUGUCAGCCAGCAGUAUCUAGUAUUGCUGUAUCCAAAUGUUUAUUGGACAAGUUAAAACUUGACUCAUCAUCUGUGCAUCUAAAUGAUCCAGCAUGCAUAGGAUCUUCAUUAAUAAUUGGCGAUCAAAGGAUGACAUCCAUUAAGUUUAAUCAAAACUUAUUGCAGUGUGGGACAACAAUAAAGAGUAAUCAGACACAUGCCAUUUUCUCAAAUACACUCAUUUUGGAGCCUUUAUCCAAUGGAAUUAUUAUUAUAAACGGUAAUGGGAAGAAAAUUCCAUUUUCUUGUGCCUACCCAAUAAACAUGGAGCUAAGUCUAAUAUCUGCCAUAAAUGGCGCUAUAAGCUACGGAAACCUUCCAUCUGUUGAUGGCGCUGGAUCCUACCCAACACUAAUGUCUGUUUUCAAAGAUAAUGACUACCUCAGUCCCUAUUCAAGCGGCCCUAUAAACCUGCUUCUGAAUUCUCCACUCUACGUCGGGGCAGUUGUACAAAAUAUUGAAAACAAAAGCUUGGUCUUAGUGGUGGACAACUGUUAUGCUACUCCUACCAAUAACUCCUCUGAUCCAACUAAAUUUACUCUGAUCGAUAAAGGGUGUCCUGCAACCACAUAUGUAAACGUCACAAUAUUAAUAAAUGGAGAGGGAUCUGAAGUACGUUUGGUUAUAGGUGUGUUCAAAUUUGUCAAUCAAAGCCAGUUUUAUCUAACCUGCAAAAUGCAUCUGUGUGACGCCACUACUAACUGUAAACCUUCAUGUCCUGCUCGCUCUAAAGCAUUAGAUGAAGGUCACUCUGUAGUUGGCACUGUUGGACCCAUUGUAGUUUCUGAUCCUUCAUCAUCAUCUGAUUCAAAAGAUCCUUCAUCAUCUGCUUCAAAAGAUUUCCCAUUGAUGCCAACCAUCUGCUCAGCUCUGAUGCUUCUGCUUUUGAACAGAAUUGGAGAUUAACAACUCAGUACAUGACCUUGGAUGUGAAACUGCCACUCGCCUCCUCAGUGUAUCACCAUUUUCUUUCUGAUUAACGUUACAGAGACUUGCAAUAAAUCCUAGGGUAUAAAUAUGUAUCAUUAUGCAAAGUAUAUGCUAUUGAAGCUGUGCAAUGACCAGUAGAAGACAUUUGUUUGCAAAACAUGCAUGACCUUGAACUUAAAAAAAAAAUCAUACUUAAACAUAUGUUGUAUUUAGGCUCUACUCUUCAAAUAUAUGUUUCACUGCUGUUGUUUUAUAACUCCUUUCUGGAAUAUUUUUUAUUUAUUUUUAAAACAUAAAACCAUUACCUUUUAACAAUAUUUUAAAAGACCGUAUUCUGGCUAUUGCAAAGCCACUCAUUUUACCCAGUCCAAAAAAUUGUUUUUUUUGCUUGUGAAUUGCAUGUUGAUUGCUGUGAAUGCAUCUUGUCACUUUAUUGCCUUGUUCACCCUGAUUUAUUUUACAAUAUUGCAGUAAAUUCCAUACUGGAAAUAUUAAUGAUUACCCAAUAUAUUUUGUUAUAACAAAUAAGGAGUCACAAUUAAGACAUACAAUAUGUUAAGGAUAAACAAUUAAAUGGGCCCUCAAACUACUAGUAAAUGACUGUAAUUAUCACCUAAGAGUUUAAUAAAUCUUUGCUUGCAGCAAA